AUGAAUUAAAAAUUUUAAUAGAAAUUGGAUUUUAAAUGUAAGGAUCAUCCUUAAACAUCUGCAAUUUUCUGGUGUAAAUCAAUUGAUUGUAGAGAGAAUAGAAUAUUUUGCAUUAAUUGUCAAAAAUAAUAGAAACAUUAUUAACAUUUCAUUGAUGAUGUUGAUGAUAUUAAUUAAUUAAACUAAUUUUUGAUUACCAAAUCUAAAUAUUCAAAGGAUCUUAUAACAGAAUGUCAACUUUAAUAUAAAUCAACUGUUCAAUCAUAUGAAUAAUUAAUUUCUGGUUUAAACUAUAAAUUCCGUAUAUAAGAAGAUAAAAUUAAUGAAUUUGAACCUAAUUAAGCAUUAACUGCACUUGAUUCUUUAGUUUUAUUUGAUGAUAUGAAGAUUCAUAUUAAAUCCAAUAUAAUAGGACCUUUAUAGAAAAUCUAGAAAAUUUUAGAUGAUCUAUAUAUGCAAUUAGAAUUAUAAACAAUAAAAUAUUAGAUUUCUGAUUAAUAAAGAGCAACAAAUUAAAUUGAUUAUCAAAAAGGUUCUUUUUUUUUAUAUUUAUUUUUUUUAGCCAUCUCUUUAAAUAUAAUAAAUAAAUCAAAUGAUGCAAUUCAAAUAUUUGAUAAAUUAUUAUUAAUUGAUCCCUUUAAUUUAGAAUUUAUGUAUUAAAAAGGUUAUUAAUUAAUAAUAUUUUAAGCAAAUUCAUUAAAUAAACUAAAUAAGUAAUAAGAAGCAUAAUAAAUAUAUACAAAUAUAAUUAAAAUCAAUCCUUAACAUGAACUAUCAUAUUAGGAAAUAGGUACUUUUUAUUUAUUUUUUAGGUGAUAUCUUAAGAGAAUAAAAAUCUUAUUAAAAAGCUAAAGAAUAUUAUGAGAAAUGCAUAUAAAUUAAUAAUAAUAAUUCAGCAAGUUAAUUUGGAAUAGGUAUUAUAUGAAUAUAUUACUUUAGGUGAAUGCUUAAAAGAGACUUACAAAUAUAAUGAAGCAUUAGAAUAUUACAUAAAAGCUAUUUAAAUAAGUUAAUCUAAUCUCCUCUAUCUAUAAUCUUAAGGUAAAUUUAAAUUUAGAGUAAUUAGGUGAUUGUCUAAGAGCAUUAGAGAGAUAUUAAGAGGCUAUAGAAGCUUAUAAUGUAAUUUUAAGUAAUUAACCUAAAAAUGCUGAUGCAUCUGCUGGAAAAGGUAAAUCAUUCAAUAAUAAAUUAAGGAAUAUGUUUAUUGUAUUUGAACAAGUAUAAAGAAGCAGAGGUUUUAUUAAAAAACUCAUUUACUCUGAAAUUAGAUUGUAUCUUAGGAUAUUAUGGAUAUGGUAUAUGAUUCAAUUAAAUGUUAGGAUUGUAUUUAUAUUUCUAAGAUCAAUAUUAAGAUGCAAUUAAAUAUUUUGUUAAAGCUUUGGAUAUCAAUCCAUAGCAUAUUCAUUCAUUAAAUUGGAAAGGUAAAUUUAAUUCAAUUAAUCAAAGGUAACUGCCUAAGAUUAAUUAAUGAUUAUUAAUAGGCACUUGAAUGGUAUCAAAAAGCACUUGAUAUCAAUCCAUAAUAUGUUCAAUCAUUAAAUGGGAAAGGUAAAUUUAAUUCAAUUAAUCAAAGGUGAAUGCCUAAGAUUAAUGAAUGAUUAUUAAUAGGCACUUGAAUGGUAUCAAAAAGCACUUGAUAUCAAUCCAUAAUAUGUUCAUUCAUUAGAUGGGAAAGGUAAAUUUAAUUCCAUUAAUCAAAGGUGACUGCCUAAGAUUAAUGAAUGAUUAUUAAUAGGCACUUGAAUGGUAUCAAAAAGCACUUGAUAUCAAUCCAUAAUAUGUUUAUUCAUUAUAUGGGAAAGGUAAAUUUAAUUCAAUUAAUCAAAGGUGAAUGCCUAAGAUUAAUGAAUGAUUAUUAAUAGGCACUUGAAUGGUAUCAAAAAGCACUUGAUAUCAAUCCAUAAUAUGCUUAUUCAUUGUAUGGGAAAGGUAAAUUUAAUUCAAUUAAUCAAAGGUGAAUGCCUAGUUUAAAUGAAUCAUUAUUAAUAGGCACUUGAAUGGUAUCAAAAAGCACUUGAUAUCAAUCCAUAAUAUGUUCAAUCAUUAAAUGGGAAAGGUAAAUUUAAUUCAAUUAAUCAAAGGUAACUGCCUAGCGUUAAUGAAUGAUUAUUAAUAGGCACUUGAAUGGUAUCAAAAAGCACUUGAUAUCAAUCCAUAAUAUGUUCCUUCAUUAUAUGGGAAAGGUAAAUUUAAUUCAAUUAAUCAAAGGUGAAUGCCUAAGAUUAAUGAAUGAUUAUUAAUAGGCACUUGAAUGGUUUUAAAAAGCACUUGAUAUCAAUCCAUAAAAUGUUUAUUCAUUAUAUGGGAAAGGUAUACCUUUAUUGAAUACUUAGCCUACUGCUUAUUGUAAUAUGGUUAAUAUGGAGAUGCAUAAUUACUUUUAGAAAAUGCAUAUUAUUUAUCACCUGAUAAUAAAAUAAUAGAUGAAUUGCUACGUAUUUAUACACAUCUAAAUAAGUUUAAUGUAUCAAUUCCUUAAAUCAAUGA